CCAUGGCCGAUCUCAUCGCUGUCAAGUCUCUAUUUCUAUCCCAAUUAUGAAGCAUCUUCAAUGAUUUUUAGUGGUUUUAAAAAGUGGAAGUGAUAGUGUGGCGGUGCGGUCUCGGAGAUAGUGCUCGUUGGUCGGCAGCACCAUGUUCAGCGGGACGGUGCGUGUGAAGGUGUGUGAGGCGACGGGCCUCAGGCCGACCGACUUUCAGAAACGGCACAACAUGACCUUCGGAAAGCCAGACGACCAGCCAAUAGAUCCGUACGUGUCGAUCGAUGCCGACGAGCACCAUCUAGACCGGUCGAGCACCAAACCGAAAACGUUCGACCCUGUGUGGAAUGAGACAUUCAUACACGAGGUUCAGAACGUCACAAGCUUGGGCAUCACAGUAUUUCACGAUGCAGCUAUUCCCCCUGAUGAUUUUGUUGCAAACUGCACUAUUCCCUUUGAAGAUCUGAUGCACCGUGAGAAAGAUGCUACUGAUUUCUGGGUGGACUUAGAACCUCAGGGCAAAUUACAUCUGAAAAUUGAUCUGAAAUGGAAUUCUCAAGUGGCGGCGGCGGCGGGCGCGCGCGCGGCGCGGGGGCGCGAGUUCAAGGAGGGCGCGGGGUUCGCGCGGCGGCGCGGGGCCAUGCGGCGCCGCGUGCACCAGGUCAACGGCCACAAGUUCAUGGCCACCUUCCUGCGCCAGCCCACCUUCUGCAGCCACUGCCGCGAGUUCAUCUGGGGUAUCGGGAAACAAGGAUACCAGUGUCAAGUUUGUACUUGCGUCGUACACAAGCGGUGCCAUUCGUCCGUCGUCACCAAAUGUCCCGGGAUGAAGGAGGAGCAGCUGGGCGACGUGGACGUGUCGGGCGGGCAGCGCUUCAACGUGAACGUGCCGCACCGGUUCGUGGUGCACUCCUACAAGCGCUUCACGUUCUGCGACCACUGCGGCUCGCUGCUCUACGGCCUCAUCAAGCAGGGCCUGCAGUGCGAAGUGUGUUCCAUGAACGUGCACAAGCGCUGCCAGAAGAACGUGGCGAACAACUGCGGCAUCAACACCAAGCGCAUGGCCGUCAUCCUGCACGAGAUCGGCGUGUCGCCCGACAAGCACCCGCGCCCCAAGGCCUCCAAGUAUUUGAACACAUCGCUAAUGGAGGGACCCCCGGAGCUGUCCUCCGACGAGGGGAAGGAUUCUGACAAACACGACGACAAAAGUGUGCCGGCCGCGCUGUGGGACUCGCACUGGGCCGAGCUCCAGGAAAUAUUCACGUGCUACGAAGGUUCGAAGCGGGAGCCGCCGUGGCGUUCUCACUGGGACGAUCUGCAGGACAUAUUUAGUGGCCAAGGUUCUAUAUUCAUUUCAGUCGAACGAAAAGCCAUCGUAAAUCGCGGCGACGGCGACGGCGACGGCGACGGCGACGGCGACGGCGGCCACAAGGUGUCGCUGGCCGACUUCCACUUCAUCAAGGUGCUCGGCAAGGGCUCGUUCGGCAAGGUGAUGCUGGCCGAGAAGAAGGGCACGGACGAGGUGUACGCGGUGAAGGUGCUGAAGAAGGACGCCAUCAUCCAGGACGACGACGUGGAGUGCACGCUGACGGAGCGGCGCGUGCUGGCGCUGGCGGCGCGGCACCCGUUCCUGACGGCGCUGCACUGCGCCUUCCAGACGCCGGAGCGGCUGUUCUUCGUGAUGGAGUACGUGGACGGCGGCGACCUGAUGUUCCAGAUCCAGCGCGCGCGCAAGUUCGACGAGCCGCGCGCGCGCUUCUACGCCGCCGAGGUCACGCUGGCGCUCACCUUCCUGCACUCGCACGGCGUCAUCUACCGCGACCUCAAGCUCGACAACAUCCUGCUGGACAGCGAGGGCCACUGCAAGCUGGCCGACUUCGGCAUGUGCAAGGAGGGCAUCCUGGACGGUGCGACCACCACGACCUUCUGCGGGACUCCAGAUUAUAUUGCGCCGGAGAUCCUGCAGGAGCUCGAGUACGGCCCGUCGGUGGACUGGUGGGCGCUGGGCGUGCUGCUGUACGAGAUGCUGGCGGGGCAGCCGCCCUUCGAGGCCGACAACGAGGACGACCUGUUCGAGUCCAUCCUGCACGACGACGUGCUGUACCCCGUGUGGCUCUCCAAGGACGCCGUCUCCAUACUGAAGGGCUUCAUGACGAAGAACCCGUCGCGGCGGCUCGGCGUGCUGGGCGGCGCGGGCGGCAUCCGCCAGCACGCCUUCUUCCGCGACGUGGACUGGGACGCGCUGGCGCAGCGCCGCCUGCGCCCGCCCUUCCGGCCCAAGAAGAGCAAGCGCGAGGCGGCCAACUUCGACGCGGAGUUCACGAAGGAGGAGCCCGGCCUGACGCCCGUGCCGCCCAACGUGCUGCGCGCCAUCAACCAGGAGGAGUUCAAGGGCUUCUCGUUCGUCAACAAGGACUUCAACCCCGCGCCGCCGCAGCCCUGAGCCCCCCCGCCGCCCGCCCCGCCCCGCCCGCGCCCCCCCAUGUGACAGUUCUAUUUAACGUUUCGGUGACGACUCUAGUCACGGCAGUAUCGGUCGACCUCGUACGUGAUACUUGUUUUUUAAUAGACGACUGCGUUUGUAAAUAUAU